AUACCAACAACACCGUUAAAGUCACUCACGUGAUCACUUAAGCAUCCUAGAAGAGGACAGAAAAGAUGUUUGGCUACAUGUACAGUGUGCCAGUGGUUAGUUUAAGCUUUUAUUAAAGAUAGAUUCUUUGUCGUGGGGCAUGCAUUUUACUUUAACGUAGCUUGAGAAAACCAAGCAAGGAACGUCUGAAGAUUUUAUUCGAACCGGACGUACAAAAGACGUCGAGUGCAUUAAAGGCUUCCUCUUAUCACGACUCGGAUCAGUCACGUGGUACCUGAAUCAGAAAAAUAUACGCUAAUAUAUUAGACUGGUGAAAAUACGGACGUAGCUAUGCUUAAGAGAGACAUUUUAUUGUUUAUAUUGCUAUUUCAUAGUGUGGGAGUAGGCGGAAGUAGCGUUACACUAAGUACGCCCAACGCUACAAUAAAUCAAACCACCACAGGAGGCGAAGCUACAACAACAAACACAUCCACACUGCCAUUCAACAGUACCUCCAGGCAAACUUCAUCUCAACCUCAAUCGAAAGACACAGCCCCUGGAAGAGCCACAACCUUGCAAGCGGAUAUGACGUCACCUAGAAACAUGACGUCACCAGGGUUCACGCGUUCUUUUGGACCCAUAAAUGGACCUCCCGAAGAUGACUGCAGCGGUCACGUGGCUGGCAUCAUAACGACAUCCCUCCUCGCCGUCGCCUUUGCAGUGGUAGCGGCUGUCUUUGCACUGAAGUGGCGACAGGCAGUACAGCACGGUGGUCAGACACCCCCGCCCCCCAUCGAAAAACCGUUCAGUUUAUCCAUCGGAAAAUCCGUAAACGCAGGCACGACUAUCAACACAAGUGGUGUGAACUAUGAAGUAUUACCCAACGGCAGCUCAAAAGAUGGCCCUGUUGCUUACGUCAACAUGGCAAAUGGCGGCCAUGAACAGCCUGCAGAUGGCGCUAAUUAUAGUAGCGCAAAUGAAGUUGUAAACGACACCAAUGCGUCGGAUGAUGACCCGAUAUAUAUCUCAGUUAAAGAGCAGGGUGAUCGACAAAUAAACUUCAAGGACUACGCCGACGCUAGGAGAGAUUUUUACGCGAAUUCAGGGCAGAGACAUGAAAGUAUUGGACCGGAAGACGUAUAUGAGAACGCUUCUGAAAUGUCGCGCGGAGCUGAUUUAUAUGGGAACACUUUUGAUUACAGUGAAAACGAGAAAACUGAAUACCUGCAAGUAUUUUGAAUUAAUCGUUUUAAAUAAUUUUCUUACAAUCUAUAUUUUAAUAUUUAGAUGAGUGUAUAUUUUUAUCUGAUAUGUUGAUGAAAGAACUUGACGAUGU